CUAAGAGGCAGUGAGGAGAACGUGUACCUGAUGCCCAGUUCGUCCAUGAGAGCCGGGCACACCGUCCGGGCGAGAGUGAGGUUCGUGCACAGUGAGCAGUGGAGUGACUGGACCCCCAUCUUGCAUUUUGGCCUCCCAGACCAGGAAGUCAGCGGCUUCCCCGGUGCCCUUUUGGGGAUGGUGGUGGGGGUGGCCGCGUUGGUCAUCACCGUCCUCAUGUUUCUCUGCACCAGGUUCUCCCUGAGACGCAAGCUAUUCCCUCCGGUGCCCCAGGUGAAAACGGAGGUGGUGGGCACCGGUGAGGCCUUCCCAGAGGUCGCCUGGGACCGGGUCAGCCGGCGGCCGAGCCUGCAGGAAGCCGAGGAGAUCCUGUCGGUGGAGGAAGUGCGGCCCCUGGAGAGCGGACAAGGGGACCCCGUGGGCCCGGCGUCGCCCCAGCACCUCAGUGCUGAGGGCAUCAGCGGUCCUGAGCGUCGUCCCCUCCACGUGUGA